GGAAGCAGCAAGCACAUUUACAAGGUUGUCAAAAUGGGCAGAAGACCAGCUUGUUGAGCAAAAUCGUCUAGGUAGAACUAUGAAUGUAUACUCUGUUGGUCAUCAAAUUUACCAAGUUGUUGAUGGUAACUUAGAAUUUGUUGUUGAAAUUCUAAAGCGCAGUUGCACUUGUCGCAAGUGGGACUUAGAUGAAAUCCCUUGCUCGCAUGCAUGUGCUGCCAUAAGAAAAGCAAACUUGUGCCAUUAUACUUAUGUCUCUGACUUUUACAUGAAGGAUGUUUUUGUGAGCACAUAUAAUGGAAUAAUCCAUCCAGUGGGAAGUCAAAAGUUUUGGGAUAUUCCUGAUAUUGUCAAAGAUCAUGUUGUGCUGCCACCCAUUGUAAGGAGAAGAGCUGGCAGACCAAAAAAGAAGAGGAUUCCUUCAGCUGGUGAAAAAAGGAGGCAAAUUAAGUGUGGUCGAUGCAAUGAAAAUGGACACAAUCGUAAAAGAUGUAGAAAUGCUAUUCAUGUGAAGAUGAAAUCUAUGAAGAGGCUGAAAUCUUGUGUUCGUCCUCAUUAA